AUGGGCGUCGACUGGGCCCGCCGGGUGGGAACGUUCUGCGUCGCCGCGCCGCUGGCGAUCUACCUCCUCUGCAGCGCGACGGGUACGGCCGCGCUCACGAUGCUCAUCCAGACGGGCUGCCUCCUCGAGUUCCGCCUCAACGUCUGCCCGCAGAUCCUGCAGCACAUGGCUGGGCGGAAGCCAGCGCAUGCGCCGUGGCUGCACGCGCUGACGCUUGCUGGUCUCGGCGCGCUGGUCGCUGCCGCCGCCACAUUCGACAAGUGGACCCAUGAUGCAACGGCCGCCGGCGUGUACUUUGCCGUCUUUCUUCUGCAUCUCCUCAUGGCCAAGGGCCAGCGCGAGCCGACGCUGCACGCAGGCCUGUUGAGCCUUGUCUUGGACCUUGUCGCGCUCUGCUACAUUGUCCACGGCUUUGGCCACGCAAUCCUCGUGCGCCAGGCGUCGUCGACGUACGGCAUGGGUCUGCAGAUCAUGACGGUGGCCUGCUCGUGGAUCUGCGAUACAGGCGCGCUCGUCGCCGGCUCGCUCUUUGGCAAUGCCAAGCUACUCGCUGCCAUCUCGCCGGGCAAGACGGUCGCCGGCGGCCUCGGUGGCAUCGUCUUUAGCGUUGCUACGGUCGUCGGCGCCUCGCUCCUCCCACCGGCCUAUGCGUGUCUGCCGCCGCUCUCGCUUCUGCAUCAAGUGCUUUUGGGCAUCGCUAUGGGCAUCGCAUGCAUCGCCGGCGACCUCGUCGAGUCAUACUUGAAGCGCGUCGCCCAGGUCAAAGACUCGGGCGUCUUCUUCCCCGGCCACGGCGGCUGCCUCGACCGCAUGGACAGCCUCCUCUUCGUCGCGCCCUUGAUGUACUACUGGACGACGGCCAUGGGCAUCUAG